AUGGCUUCCAUGACUGCUUCCAGGGUCCACACCACCCCAACCCCAGUUCACUCUACUGUCUGGCAGAACAAGCUCAUGAACGAGUGCAGAAGCCGUGGUCUUCGUGCUCCCAACUUCCAGGAAUGCUCCGACAGACGUGGUGGCCGCACUGCUUGGUCCAGUGUAGUUGAAGUUAACGGCUGCAAGCACCAGGCUCGCUACUGGUACGACGGAGACUGGGUCAACAACGCUCGCGAAGACGCUGCAGAGGUCGCUCUCCAGCGCAUGGGCGUGGUUCCUGUACCUCGCGGACCUCAUGCCCGUCUCCUUGGCUCCAUCAGCGUGUAA